UUGCAGAUUGUGACGCAGAGUGUGCCAAAUCGUACUCUAAGCAAUGGUGGUCCUUUAGGAUGGCAUCAGAAUGGCUCAAAUUCACCAACUCUGUCUUCGCCAAAUAUGAACAGUCCUGAUGGAACUAACGGAAUAAAUACUGUCGUGCCGUCACCUGCCAGCGUUGUCGGAAAUCCCUUUCUGGCUAAAACUGAGGGUGAGCGACUAAUUACUACGAUGAUUGCAGUGAACAUGAUCGCGGUUGAGUACAUCGAACCGCCUUUCUGGUGCUCCGUUUCAUAUUAUGAGUUAUCACAGCGAGUCGGUGAAACUUUCCAUGCAUCGCAACCCUCCUUAAUUGUUGAUGGAUACACCGCACCAUCGGACGCAGAGCGCUUUUGCCUUGGACAACUGUCCAAUGUUAAUCGCUUAUCGGAUGUUGUGGAGGCUAGAAGACAUAUUGGUAAUGCUAAUCUGGAUUUUUUUUUUUUGAUAAUGUUUGGAAUUUUCGCAUCAUUUUUUGCCAUUUGUAGUUACACCUAG